ACGCUAAAACUGGAGGAAGCCGCAAGAUCACAACCAUUGGUGCAAUCCGUGUAUGUUGUUGCCAGCAGGUUGUUGAAAUGCUAGUACUUUAUUAAAGCGUACUUUGACAAUAUUGUAAAAUGGCGUAGCGUUAAAUAAGACUGAUAGCGUGUCGUGUUCGUCGCAGGGGAAAUGAAGAUGGUUCUAGUAAAAAAGUACCGCACGUAAAGUCCGCUGUUUCCGCUGAUGUCCGAAGGUACCCCCUCGCACGAGCAACACACCAAUCAGUGAUGGUUACGGAGGAUGAUGGACGUCCCUUUAGCCAAUCAGAACCAGACACCCUGCCAGCAGUGGGUGGGACAGAAUGGCUGGUCCCCAUCUUCACCCCCAGGACCUCUUUACAACCCCCUGCCCAGCUUUCAGAACCUGAGCCUGGGCUCCCCUGAUCAAAGGCCGCCCUUUGAACGCCUACGGCCAUACACUCAGGGCUGCAAUAACAACCUCAGUAGUUACUCAUCUGGAAGCACUCAUCAUGACAACACCUGGCCUAAUAAUGCCGAGCACAGCGUGCAGCAUAGUAUUCAGAGUACUAAUACUUCAUCUGGUGAUCCUGGUUCAUGCCAAGGAAGAAAUGUACCUCCAUGUUCUUACCCGCAAAUGAACGAAGGGUUGCCGCCUUCUAAACCUCAACAUAUGCCCCCGUACUUCCCUCACAGCUCCCACCAAGCAAUGCCUCCUCCUUUGCAGCCUCCAUACUUAUAUCAGGGUUUGUUAAAUGGGCCUCAGUUACAACAUCCUAAACAUCUGCCCAUGAGCCCACUCUCAUCUGGACAAAAUAUAAAUCCACUGAGUCCACAGAGUACUCCUCAGACUACUAUUGAGAGGAUGAAUGUGGAAGCUACUAUCAGUGCUGGAUAUUCUCACAGCCAUGUCCCGACCAUGUCUCCUAUUCAACAGCAACCUCAGUGGACAUGUCCACCUGACAAAACAGGAGCCAUAAACCAGUUUGUCCCUGAUGCAGCUGCACAUGAGAGAAACACUUUGCCACAGUCUCCAAACUCUGAGUCUCGAUAUGGUCUGGACCCAGAGUUGCUUCCAAGUGCUGUAAAGGUGAUGGCAGAGGACAGGGCAGAGUGGGAGGGAAAGGUUUUUGUCUCAGAGCCGGUUUCCCGUCUUCCUCCUCUGGCAACCACGUCAUGUAUCAUAGAGGACAGAGGUAAUGCUAGCCCUUUUGCCAUCCGUGCCACCUCAUACUGUGUGCCCUGUGAAGGUCAGACGGCUCUGCUCAGCCAUCUGCCACUGGGAGCUCUGGUCUCCCCUCUGGCAGGACAAAACACUGGAAAGAAGUCCCUGCCCAUGUGCACAGAGGCAGAGUGUGUGGUGGGCUGUGGUUGGUGUGGAGCCUCCAUGUGUCCAGCUAUGGGUUGGCAGGACUGUGGUCAGAGGUUUUACUGCCCGUUCUGUGGGAAACUCAGCGAAGUGCCAUGGCAACACUACCAGCCCACCAAAGGAGUGGAGGGGGUUCGCCUUGAUAAAGACAAAAGGCCUGAACUCAGUAUGGGGUCAUAUGAGAUCCUCAGCUCCCAGAAGGGUGAAGCUGCCGUGCUGCUUCUAGCCAUAGAUGUGUCUGCCUCAGCAUUAAGAGGAGCCCAUUUGGAGUUUGUUACCCAACAAAUACACACUCUACUUUCCUCUUUGAACAGGACGGACAGUGAAACCUCGUCAGAUAUUCGUGUUGGUUUAAUGACGUACGACAGCAGGAUCCACCUGUAUGACCUUAGCCCCACCUUGUCCCGCCCACACAUGCUUGUCAUCACAGAACCAGAUGACCUGCAACUUCCUGUGAGGGAGGGGCUCCUGGUGUCCCUCAAAGACUGCAUAGAUAGCAUUGACAGCGUGUUGCAGCUUAUUCCUCAGUUCAGUCCAGAGUUUGAUGACUCCAGUGGAGUUCCAACGGAGCUGCCUGUCAAAGCAGCAUUAGCCAUACUGCAGGCCCUGAGUUGUCCUGGCAAGUUACUGAUCUUCCAUACUGCCCCUCUGAUAGAAAUAGGAGUCACACAAUCAUCUUCAGGGUUCUUUGGCUCCAACAAACCAAAGUCCAUCUUUCAGCCUUCAGAAUCAGUUGUCUCGCUGGCCAAGCAAUGUGUCAGUCAGGGCUGUGGCGUUCACCUGUUUGUCCUCUCACAGCAGGAUGUGGGUGGGGCUUGGCCGGGGCACAUUCCCUAUUUGACAGGUGGAGCUCUGCACAACUACAGCCACCUCCAGGGUGAAUUAGACAGGGAGCGUUUCAUCACUGAUCUAAGGAGAACUGUUGAAGCUGAGACAGGCUACAGGGCUGAGCUCAAACUGUUUGUCAGUAAAGAUUUACGUGUUUCCGGCUGUUAUGGCCUGUUUGUCCCAGGUCCUAAUCCUGGUCGUGUUGCCAUGGCUACACUUGAUUGGCGAGCAACACUAGCUGUAGAACUCACACACUCCAGAGCGCUAGAUGAGACGAGGGGUGUAGCCAUUCAGACUGCCUUGUCUUACAGCACCCAGACAGGAGAAAGGAGGACCAGGGUUCACACUCUGAUUCUGCGAUGCUCACGUGAUCUGCAAGAUGCUUUUCGGCACUACCAGGCCCAAACAUUACUCACCUUCUACUGCAAGAAGAUGUACUGUGCAGUGUUGGAACGGCCUCUACAAGAGCUGAGGGAGGAACUCCAGACGGAUGUAACAGAAGCGUUGGCAUCUUACCGUAAACACUGCUGCUCUGCAUCAGUGUCUUCUGGACAGUUGGUGCUUCCACAGUACUUGCGAGCAUUACCUGUCUACAUCAACAGUCUGAGGAAGAGUGAGGUGUUGUUGCCAGGUCUACGGAGCUCCGUCCACCAGCGGCUGCAGCAGCGCUGCCAGGUGCUCCGUAUGGACACCUACAGCACUGCCACACACUUCUACCCUCUGCUGCUGCCUCUGCCUCUGACAGUUGACAGCUCCAACCCUCCAAAGCCAGAAGAGGCUCUGCGCUGCUGCUCUGCCAGUCUGGAGCCAAGAGGUCUGUAUUUGGUUAAUGCGCCUCUCAUCCUGCUGCUCUGGGUCGGUACCCAGGUCCCAGCAUGCACUCUGGUGGAGCUCUUUAACACCAGCUGCUUCUCCUCCCUGCCCUCUGGAGAGACUAAGCUGCCUGUUUUGGAAAACCCUCUCUCAGUCUGUGUUCGAAUGCUCAUCACCACACUGAACUCCCAAGUGUCAAACACUCGGAAGCUCUGGGUGGUGAAACAGGGUGACAGCUGUGAAGAGGCCCUGCAGCGCCACUUGGUGGAAGACAAAAGUCCCAAUGGUGGAGCAUCCUACGCCGACUUCCUGUACCACCUUCAUGUCAACUCUGUCCGGCUGCUGCAGUGACUGAGAACACACAUUUUCUAACCCCUCUGAGUGAUUAGAGUCGAUAAUGACACUGCAGCGAAAAGAAACGGAAAGACAAAAGGCAUAAUCUGGAAGUUAGAAAGGCCUGCUAUCAGAGGAAGUCCAUGGGGGCAUUUUAAGAGAGAGUUGUAUUUAUUGAACAGCUGCUGUGAAAUGAGGUGUUUGUCUGAUGUGCUGGAUGUGUAUAUGUAUUUAUGAUGUUAAUUUAUUCCUGCGUCACAGCAGUUCUCUAAUCCUUGCCUGAGAUGUGUGUGUGUGUGUGUAUGUGUGUGUGUAUGUGUGUGUGUGUGUGAUGCCUGCAGUAUGUUCUGUGUGUACAUAAUCUCCAGUGAAUAAAUAGACUUUAACUGAACCUUGA